GACGUCACCAUUUCCACUCUCGACAAUCUCCCCGCAGAUCUUGCACGCCAAAUCAUGUACAAAAUCUGCAAGCAAAGCUUCCGAUAUGAACUUCUCGGCUUGGACGAACAUCUUGGGCGUGAGGCAUGUAAGGACAAGGAGGCGAGGAAGGAAAGGAUGGACCUUCUUCGCAGCAUCUUCCCAUCGAAGUCAUUGAAAGUUUGGAACAGGGACUUGCCUAAAGAGAACAAUGGACUCAAUGCACCAUCUUUCGACGCUGCCUUACCAUACUUCGAAAGUUUCCACAAGGUGUUGUCAACGUGGGAGCACUUUCCCGAGUCCCUCAAACAACCUCUUGACACUACUGGACAUGAGCACGAUAUAUGGAAUGGGAUGAAGGAAUGCUGUCUCUUCUACGUUCAGUCUUAUUUCAACAAUACUGGCCGUCCACCUAUUGUACCUCAUUUACUGUAUUUGGUCGCCUAG